AUGAUGUCCGAAGUGUCAUCCCAUUGUCUGACGGAACGUCAGAUGCAAUUGGCUGUGAACGAUAUUGAGCGAUUGUUCAUUGGGAAAGUCGUACCAGUAUUGAUCGUUUUUGGAAUUAGUGGCAAUAUACUUAAUCUUACCGUAUUGCUUACACCAGCUAUGAGAACCAGAUCGAAUGUGCUAUUGUCAUGCCUUGCUGUGGCAGACAUUGUAUUUUUGGUGUUUAUGUUUCCACAUUCCCUGGCUCAUUACAAGAUUUUUGCAUUCAAUUACUGGUUUCGUAGAAUCUAUUUGGGCUACAAAAUGCAUCUCCUAGCUAUGCUCAAUUGGGCAUCCGCAGCGGCGAUAUGGCUAAUUCUGGUGAUCUGCCUUGAACGGCUUAUGGGCAUUAUGAAUCCACUAUCAGCUCGACGUCAUAAACGUACAUCCAAAACGAGCGUCGUUGUUACCGUAAUCGUGGUCUCGACGGGAUUUCUCACUUCGUACUACCAUUUUAGCUACUAUUGUGCUUAUAAGCGUUUUUGUAAUGGAUCACAAUUCCAUGCAAUGUGUAUUCGAAGCGAUUCCGAGAGAUGGUUCCGCAAUCAAACAAAUCCAAAUUCCGCAUUCGUAAAGGCUGUCGCCCAUUGGGGACCACAUGUGAAUGCUGUGUGUGUCAUUGUGGUGCCAAUACUUCUCGUAUUCAUUUCCAAUGCCAUGCUAAUUUAUACGAUUAGACAAAGGCAGAAGCAGUUUAACCCUCAGAUGUCUUACAAGUCGGAAUCACAAAUGUCUGGAUCCCAGUCACGGACUGAACAGAGAGUGACCACCACUGUCUGUGCGAUAGUUACCUGUUUCACUAUUACUCAGGGUCCAUCAGCCUUCAUCACUAUUAUGGCGGAGUAUUACCCGAUCCACCAUGAAUUUAUGAUCGCCGUAACUGCCGUAAUUACAACAAUGGUGGUACUGGGUAAAGCUCUAAACUUCGUGUUGUUCUGCCUUUCAUCAGCGAACUUCCGAAGUCGUCUACUGCAGCAUACCAAACGUGGCUUACUGAAAUCCGCAAGACAUAGGUCAAUCUCUACCAAUACGGGAACGACUUCUGUUGACAGUGCAUCGACAUUGAAACAUGGAUCUCAUCCGUCACGUGCUCCAUUUGUAAAAGCUCGUACUGUUAGUCAA